GCUGCAAAACAAGGCCAGACAGCAGUGAAGAGGGACGGCACCUGGCUGGUCACUCAUUAGUUGGCCAGGUGGCGGUGGAGGCGAGCCAGAAGUCGGUGGUGGGUUUCCUCAAGCUAUUACGGCCAGUGCUCAGGAGAGUCUUCGCUGAAAGCAACAUGGACCACGCACGCUUAGUUGAGGCUGUGGCGGCAGCGAGCACUGACAACACCACUUCUACAACAGACCUCAUCAAGUACCUUCUCCCCCGUGUUCUCUCCCUCACCUCUGCCCUGCUCGGGGAAUCGUCAGAAAACACGACAGCACUUACUAAGGAAAUCCUGGACGUGGCUUCCAAAGUCUUCACUCUGGACGCCGACUCCACCUCCUCCUUCUUGAAUCCCGUUGUGGUGGAUUUUUCAAGUGCUCUGUGGCCGCUGUACCUCAUCACCAUCCCUCUCCUUAUCGGCGGCGUCAUCUGGUACUUCAUCACCACCUUUGUGCUCGGAAAGAACGUUCUGGGUCGCAGCUUCAGUUCUUCCGAUGACCAAGAGGAAGGUGGCUUGGAGGACCUCACGGAAAGAGUGAUGAAGGCAGCGGAGGCACCUGGCUACUCCUAAUCUGACAUCUACACCCUGACGUUAACUCUUCAAACUUUGCUGAACCAUGAAGGGACUUGGACACACGUAAAGACAUGGCCAGCAGUCAAUUAACCUGUUUGCUGCUCUCACUCCCUUUCGUGUUUAGCGUCUACGUUAUUUACUGGCAUUAUGUUACAUAUAUUUUAUAAGGAGACUGUCGUUACCAGAUUAGAGGACUCAGCACAAAGGAAAACACGAUUGGCAGUGGGAGUGAGUGCAGCAAGUCACUCCUAACCAUGACUUUAAAUGGGCAUGUUUUGAUAGGUUGUAGUGUUUCUUUUCUCAAGUCCAACGCUUUCCUUUCUCACCACGGCUAUUUUCAAAGGCCACAGAGAUAACUAAACGGGUUCUCAAGAGUGUUUUCCUUGUUAAUAUUGUGGAAAUAUUGUUAAUUUAUCACUAGAACUAUAUAAACGCCCUUUAAAAAAUCCAUGUAACUUCAACUAGAGAUUUUUCAAGAUAGCGAAGAUGCAGUUUAGAAAUGUUUCAGGAUAUGGUUCCAAAAUACACAGUAAUUGUUAUGAACAGAAAACGUGUUCUUGUGCUGGUGGUGAUAUGGUUCUGUGACAAAUGACUCUGGGAAGCCUACAGUAUAUUUAACGAUGACGAAACUGAAAAUACGAAGCUUUCUCAUUUUUGUUUUCUCUCUCUCUAAAGUUAAACAUAAAAUACACUUCCUGAUAGAUUACUUAUCACGGUUUCGGGCGAGACUAAGAAUAUGAAGCCUUAUGAUCGAGAUUACACUCAAAAGACUCUUCCUACUAGACGACUUAUGAAGGUGUUGGGUCUGCCUCUGAUGGGUUCACGGUGCAGAUAAACAGAGAACUCAUUGAGGUUAUCAUAAUACACAGGGUCAAUUGAGGAACGCUUGUAUUGGCCUUAAUAAUACGUGACGGCUUAUGUCUUGGGAAGCUGUCUUGAGUCACGUGCUGAGGUCCACAAGCGUCCACAAGCAAUAAUAAUGAGUUUGUAUUGUUAA